AUGGAGAACAGUCACCCCCACCACCACCACCAGCAGCCCCCGCCGCAGCCCGGCCCUUCGGGCGAGAGGAGGAACCACCAUUGGAGAAGUUACAAGUUGAUGAUUGACCCGGCUCUCAAGAAGGGGCAUCACAAACUGUACCGCUACGAUGGGCAGCAUUUCAGCCUGGCGAUGUCCAGCAACCGCCCGGUGGAAAUUGUCGAGGACCCCCGGGUGGUCGGAAUCUGGACCAAAAACAAGGAGCUGGAGCUGUCGGUGCCCAAAUUCAAGAUCGAUGAGUUCUACGUGGGCCCGGUGCCUCCGAAGCAGGUGACAUUUGCCAAGCUCAACGACAACAUCCGCGAAAACUUCCUGCGGGACAUGUGCAAGAAGUAUGGGGAGGUGGAGGAGGUGGAGAUUCUCUACAACCCCAAGACCAAGAAGCACUUGGGCAUCGCCAAGGUGGUCUUUGCCACGGUCAGGGGCGCCCGGGAGGCCGUCCAGCAUCUGCACAGCACUUCGGUCAUGGGGAACAUCAUCCACGUGGAGCUGGACACCAAGGGGGAAACUCGUAUGCGGUUCUAUGAACUUCUGCUCACUGGCCGAUACACACCCCAGACCCUCCCGGUGGGCGAGCUGGACGCCGUGUCCCCAAUCGUGAACGAGACCCUGCAGCUGUCGGAUGCCUUGAAACGCCUCAAGGACUGUGGCUCCGGCUCCUCCUCCGUCACCCCCAACAGUGGAGGGACACCCUUUUCCCAGGACACGGCUUACUCCAGCUGCCGUCUUGACACGCCCAACUCCUAUGGGCAGGGCACCCCGCUCACACCGCGCCUGGGCACCCCCUUCUCGCAGGACUCCAGCUAUUCCAGCCGCCAGCCCACUCCCUCCUACCUUUUCAACCAGGACCCCACAGCCACAUUCAAGCCCUGGAGACACGAGAGCAAAUUCACGGACGCCUACAACCGGCGCCACGAGCACCAUUAUGUCCACAACUCUGCGGCGGUCACUGCGGUGGCGGCAGCUGCGGCUGCCUUCCGGGGCACCUCCGACCUCCCGUUCUCUGUGGUCGGCGGCAGUGGGGGCAGCAGCGGCCCCCCGUACAAGGCCCAGCCUCAGGACUCGGCCACGUUCGCCCACACUCCGCCACCUGCCCAAGCAGCCCCAGCCCCCACUCCUGGGGUCACCUUCAAGUCGGCCUUCUCUCCCUACCAGACCCCGGCGCCUCCCUUCCUGCCACCCCCCGAGGAGCCCACCGCAGCGGCCACCUUCGGGGCCCGAGAUGGUGGAGAUUUCCGGAGGGCGCCCGCACCCCCACCCUUGCCACCUGCUGAGCCUGUGGCCAAGGAGAAGCCAGGCACCCCACCUGGCCCCCCACCUCCGGACAGCAACAGCAUGGAGCUGGGUGGCCGGCCGACCUUUGGCUGGAGCCCGGAGCCCUGUGACAGCCCUGGCACGCCCACGCAGGAGUCGUCCCCCCCAGGCCCGGAGAAGCCCCAUGACAGCCUGGACUCUCGCAUUGAGAUGCUGCUGAAGGAACAGCGCACCAAGCUGCCCUUCCUGAGGGAGGAGGACUCGGACACCGAGCUGCAGAUGGAAGGCAGCCCCAUCUCCUCCUCCUCCUCCCAGCUCUCCCCUCUCGCCCCCUUUGGCACCAACUCCCAGCCCGGCUUCCGAGGCCCCACGCCGACUUCCUCGCGACCCUCCAGCACCGGUCUGGAAGACAUCAGCCCCACGCCUCUCCCAGACUCAGAUGAGGACGAUGACCUGGACCUAGGCCUGGGGCCUCGGCCCCCACCGGAGCCAGGCCCCCCGGACCCUGUUGGUCUGGGCCAGACUGGCGAUAUGGCUUCAGAUCUAGUGGGAGACAGGACGCCAAGCUCAGAGAAGAUGGAGGAGGCCCAGCAGUCCUCAGGCGAGGACAUGGAAAUCUCCGACGACGAGAUGCCCUCGGCCCCCAUCACCAGUGCCGACUGCCCCAAGCCCUUGGUGGUGACCCCAGGGGCGGCCUCCUCUGUCCUGGCACAGACUCUGCCGCUGCCCCCACCACCUGGAUUCCCGCCGCUACCCCCACCGCUGCCGGCACCGCCUCCCGGCGUGCCCCCACCACCCAUCAUGCCCCCACUGCCCCUCUUCCCGCCAGGCCUGUUCCCCAUGAUGCAGGUGGACAUGAGCCACGUGCUAGGUGGCCAGUGGGGAGGCAUGCCCAUGUCCUUCCAGAUGCAGACGCAGAUGCUCAGCCGUCUGAUGACGGGCCAGGGCGCAUGCCCCUACCCGCCCUUCGCCGCGUCGGCUGGCCUGCAGUUCGUCAACCUGCCGCCCUACCGGGGCCCCUUCACCCUCAACAACACGGGGCCAGGCCGCGGGCAACCCUGGCCACCCCUGCCAAAGUUUGACCCAUCAGUGCCGCCGCCCGGCUACGUGCCCCGGCAGGAGGACCCACACAAGGCCACGGUGGAUGGUGUCCUGCUGGUGGUGCUCAAGGAACUCAAGGCCACCAUGAAGCGUGACCUGAACCGCAAGAUGGUGGAGGUGGUGGCCUUUCGGGCCUUUGACGAGUGGUGGGGCAAGAAGGAACGUAUGGCCAAGGCUUCGCUGACUCCCGUGAAGUCAGGUGACCACAAGGACGAGGACCGCCCGAAGCCCAAAGACCGCAUUGCCUCGUGCCUGCUGGAGUCAUGGGGCAAGGGCGAGGGCCUGGGCUACGAGGGCCUGGGGCUGGGCAUCGGGCUGCGCGGGGCCAUCCGCCUGCCCUCCUUCAAGGUCAAGAGGAAGGAACCACCAGACACAGCCUCAGCUGGUGACCAGAAGCGGCUACGGCCCUCGGCCUCUGUGGAUGAGGAGGACGAAGAGUUGGACCGGGACCGAGACAUGCCAGAUGCCUCUUGCGAGCUUGCCAAGCGAGACCCCAAGGGCGUGGGCAUGCGGCGGCGGCCAGCGCGGCCCCUGGAGCUGGACAGCGGCGGGGAGGAGGACGAGAAGGAGUCACUGUCCGAGGGGCAGGAGAGCACCGAGGAGGAGGGGGAGGGGGGCGAAGAGGAAGAGGAGGACGACGGUGAUGAGCCGGACAGCGAUGACCGGGAAGAGUCUGACGAGGAAGACACAGCCCGGUCGCAGGCCAGUGGGAAGGAAGAGCUGGACUCGGAAGAAGAGGGGACCGUGAGCGCCGCCACCUCCAAGGCAGACGUGGAAUCAUCCAGCGAGAGUUCCGAGUCUUCAGGGUUCGAGUCCAGCUCAGAGUCUUCGUCCUCGUCCUCAGAAGAUGAAGAGGAGGAGGAAGAUGAGGAGGAGGAAGGCGAGGAGGAGGAAGGGGAGGAGGAGGUGACUGAGGACAGCGUGGCUCCUCCUGCCCCAGGAGACUUGGCAGAGGACCUGGAAGAAGAGCUGCUGGCCACAGAGACAGCUGUAACAGGUUCCCUGGGCCUGGAAGAGGACAUGGACAUCCAGGUGGAGGACGAAGUCCCCGAAGAGCCAGUGCCCACAGGGGAAGAACCUCCUUUGCCUCCAGCCAUCAGGGAGCCCCCAGCAGAGCCAGGCCCAGAGCAGGAAGGAGCCGUGCAACUGUCUCCAGAACCCACCGAUGGGGAGAUGGCAGCCCGGUCCCCGUUGUCUCCUGAGCACACCCCAGAAGAUGUCUUGGACACAGAGGCUGAGCCACCGGCAGUGCCGUCCUCACCUCCACAGCCACCAUUGCCACACCCUCGGCCCCCACGACCACCGAGCCCACCACCAGAGCCGGAAGCCCCAGCACCCCCACAGCCCCCGGUCUCUCUGGAGCCUCCCCCUGAGGAGCAGCCCCCACGCACGCCGGGCCUCUGUGGGAGUCUGGCCAAAUCACAGAGCACAGAGACCGUGCCGGCCACGCCGGGCAGGGAGCCUCCGCUGUCGGGGGGCAGCGGCAGCCUGUCUCUCAGCUCCCCUCAGGUGCCCGGCAGCCCCUUCUCCUACCCAGCUGCGUCCCCCUGCCUAAGCAGUGGAGGCCUCCCUCGGACGCCGGGCCGGGACUUCAGCUUCACACCCACCUUCCCCGAGCCCGGUGGACCCCUGCUCCUGCCUGUCUGCCCCUUGCCCGCUGGCCAGCGGGAUGAGCGGGCUGGGCCAUUGACCUCCCCGGUGCUCCUGGAGGCAGGGCUGCCGCUGCCGCUGCCCCUGCCGCUGCCCCUGCCGCUGGCAUUGCCUGUCCCCGUCCUGCGGGCCCAGACGCGGGCCCCUGCCCCGUUGCCACCCCUGCUGCCGGCCCCACUGGCCCCUUGCCCGCCCCCCAUCAAGAGGAAGCCGGGCCGGCCCCGGCGGUCCCCGCCGGCAGUGCUCUCCCUGGAUGGACCGUUGGUCCGACCGCCCGGAGCUGCCCUGAGCAGGGACCUUCUUCUUCUGCCGGGCCAGCCCCAAACCCCCGUCUUCCCCAGCACCCAUGACCCCCGGGCCGUGACCUUGGACUUCCGGAACACAGGAAUCCCAGCCCCUCCACCACCCCUCCCACCCCAGCCCCUGCUGCCCCCACCCCUGCUGCCUGUGGAACCCACCAAGCUGCCCUUCAAGGAGCUGGAGAACCAGUGGCCUGCCGAGGCCAUCUCCCUGGGCUCUCGAGGCCGUGAUGAGGCCACUGAGGACGACGUGGAGCUGGCCAAGACACGGGGACCCUGGCGCCGGCCGCCCAAGAAGCGCCAUGAGGACCUGGUGGCCACCUCGGUCUCGCCCGAGCUCUCACCGCCGCAGCCGCUCUUCCGGCCCCGCUCGGAGUUCGAGGAGAUGACCAUCCUGUACGACAUUUGGAACGGUGGCAUCGACGAGGAAGAUAUCCGCUACCUGUGUGUCACCUACGAGCGGCUGCUGCAGCAAGACAACGGCAUGGACUGGCUCAACGACACCCUCUGGGUUUACCACCCUCCCACCAGCCACUCUUCAGCCAAGAGGAAGAAACGGGAUGACGGGCUCCGGGAGCACGUGACCGGCUGUGCCCGCAGCGAGGGCUUCUACACCAUCGACAAGAAGGACAAGCUUAGAUACCUCAACAGCAGCCGGGCCAGCACCGACGAGCCGCCCGCUGACACCCAGGGCAUGAGCAUCCCGGCGCAGCCUCACGCCUCCACUCGGGCAGGCUCAGAACGGCGUUCAGAGCAGCGGCGUCUCCUGUCCUCCUUCACUGGCAGCUGUGACAGUGACCUGCUUAAAUUCAACCAGCUCAAGUUCCGGAAGAAGAAGCUCAAAUUCUGCAAGAGCCACAUCCACGACUGGGGCCUGUUCGCCAUGGAGCCCAUCGCAGCCGAUGAGAUGGUCAUCGAGUAUGUGGGCCAGAACAUCCGCCAGGUGAUCGCCGAUAUGAGGGAGAAGCGCUAUGAGGACGAGGGCAUUGGUAGCAGCUAUAUGUUCCGGGUGGACCAUGACACCAUCAUUGAUGCCACCAAGUGUGGCAACUUUGCCCGCUUCAUUAAUCACAGCUGCAACCCCAACUGCUAUGCCAAGGUGAUCACAGUGGAGUCGCAGAAGAAGAUUGUCAUCUACUCGAAGCAGCACAUCAGCGUCAACGAGGAGAUCACCUACGACUACAAGUUCCCCAUUGAGGAUGUCAAAAUCCCCUGCCUCUGCGGCUCCGAAAACUGCCGAGGGACCCUCAACUAA